CACCACCUCUGGCCGCUGGGAAGACGUCAUCGCUUCCGCCCUACUUCCUCCUCCUGUUGGCGGCGGUGAGAAUCCAAUAUGGAGUAAAUCGGUAGACUCGAGAGAUGGGGCUCGGACGGGGCGCCCUGCACCGCCUCCCAGGCGCACCUCCCCCGACCGCCGACCGCUCCCCGGAACCGUGAUUGGCCCGGCCCCCGGGGGCGACCCCAGACCGAGCCCCCAGCGGCCGGCCUGUUCCGCCUCCUCUGCAGUCCCCGCCGCUCCGAGGCGCGCUUGUUUUUCUCCUGCUCUCCCCCACCGUCGUCCCCUGCCCAAAUAUCGCCCCCUCCGCCAGCUCCUGAGCCCCCGGGCCCACAGUCCGCCUAGCCCCUCGGCGCAGCGGCGCACUCCACCAGCAGCUCGACUUUGCACCUCUUCCCCUAAACCUCACCCUGCGCCCCAGGCACUCCGCUUCCCCUUCUGCCUGCGGCGCCCCCUUCAUCUCCAGCCGCCCCCCCCCCCAAAUCAGGCGAUCUCCGGAGAUGUGAAGAAGGGGGGUGAGCGGACAGGAAGAUGAAGGGAGCAAAGCUGCCCGCCGCGGGACAGGCGUCUAGGUGAACAAGAAAAUGACCGAAGAAACACACCCGGACGAUGACAGCUAUAUUGUGCGUGUCAAGGCUGUGGUUAUGACCAGAGAUGACUCCAGCGGGGGAUGGUUCCCACAGGAAGGAGGCGGGAUCAGUCGCGUCGGGGUCUGUAAGGUCAUGCACCCCGAAGGCAAUGGACGAAGCGGCUUUCUCAUCCAUGGUGAACGACAGAAAGACAAACUGGUGGUAUUGGAAUGCUAUGUAAGAAAGGACUUGGUCUACACCAAAGCCAAUCCAACGUUUCAUCACUGGAAGGUCGAUAAUAGGAAGUUUGGACUGACCUUCCAAAGCCCUGCUGACGCUCGAGCCUUUGACAGGGGAGUGAGGAAAGCAAUCGAAGACCUUAUAGAAGGUUCAACAACCUCAUCUUCCACCAUCCAUAACGAAGCUGAGCUUGGCGACGAUGAUGUUUUUACAACAGCUACAGACAGUUCUUCUAACUCCUCUCAGAAGAGGGAACAACCUACUCGGACAAUCUCUUCUCCCACAUCCUGUGAGCACCGGAGGAUUUACACCCUGGGCCACAUCCACGAUCCGUAUCCCACAGACCACUAUCACCUCGAUCAGCCGAUGCCAAGGCCCUACCGUCAGGUGAGCUUCCCAGACGACGACGAGGAGAUUGUCCGCAUCAACCCUCGGGAGAAGAUCUGGAUGACAGGGUACGAGGAUUACCGGCACGCGCCGGUCAGGGGCAAGUACCCGGACCCCUCGGAGGACGCGGACUACUACGUGCGCUUCGCCAAGGGCGAGGUCCCCAAGCACGACUACAACUACCCCUACGUGGACUCGUCGGACUUCGGCCUCGAGGACCCCAAAGGCCGAGGGGGCGGCGUGAUCAAGACGCAGCCGCCGCGGGGCAAGUCUCGGCGGCGGAAGGAGGACGGGGAGCGCUCGCGGUGCGUGUACUGCAGGGACAUGUUCAACCACGAGGAGAACCGCAGGGGCCACUGCCAGGACGCGCCCGACUCCGUGCGAACUUGCAUCCGCCGCGUGAGCUGUAUGUGGUGUGCGGACAGCAUGCUCUACCACUGUAUGUCGGACCCCGAGGGCGACUAUACGGACCCGUGCUCGUGCGAUACUAGCGACGAGAAGUUUUGCCUCCGGUGGAUGGCCCUUAUUGCCUUGUCUUUCUUGGCCCCCUGUAUGUGCUGUUACCUGCCCCUCCGGGCCUGCUACCACUGCGGAGUGAUGUGCAGGUGCUGCGGCGGGAAGCACAAAGCCGCCGCCUGACUCCGGUUCUCCCCCUUCGCCACUCCGCCCAGGGCCGCCCGCGGGAACUCGUCGUCUCUCACCUACUCUCAUCUCUUCCCAUGCUCCCUUCCACUCCCGGGCGCGGGGAGCGCGGGGAGAACGCGAGGCCCGGCCUGGCGGGCCGCACUGCCUGGCGGGCUCCACUGCCCGGGCCAGCCACCCCGCAUCGCCGCACACCCGUGCACACGCCCACACGGUGUUCUGAGGAAGGAACUUUCAGCGUAGACUUGCGUGUAUUAUUAACAAUCUGGAACCAAGCUCACUGUCUUACCCAUGCGUUGAUUUCCUCUUUCCUCCCCCACUUCAUCCAGUUCAAAGGAGCCUGCAGUUGGAACUGCUGAUUUUUGGUGGGUUUUGUAGUUGAUUUUUUUCCAAGAGUAUGAAGACUGUGUUUCUCUUGGGUCAGCUUGCCCAUUGCCAGCGGCAUCAGGUGCUUGCCUCCGUGUGAUGUCAGAAUGAUGAAACCCUACCAGAAGUAUUUAAACCUGCAGUGGUUAUGUAUAGGAGGUGAGCUAGUUAACCUACUUGUACCACAAAACAAUAGCGCUUUAACUUUUCUAAAGCCAAAUUUCCCGUGUAAGCUGCAGUUUCUAUCUUUAGCCCAUCGUCAUUAUCUGUACCCAAGAAAAAAAAGUCUCUCGAAGUUAUUCACUGAUGCAAAACAUUUACCCAUAAAAUGACUGAGAAUCGAGCCUUAACUUCAGAUUAACUUGUAAGAAUCAGGAAAAUUCCUUAAACUGCAUUGCAGCCUCUUGGACCAGGGCUAGAAAGGGGAUUUCAGGUUCUAUGAGCCUCCCCAGUUAUCCCGAAAGUAGAAUUUUUUAAAAUUGUGUUGCCACCACUUGUAAAAAUUUCACAAUAUUAGAAUGACACUAAUGAAGUAAGAAAUUUUUGUUCAUUAUUUUACAAACCAGAUAGUUUACUCAGACACAAACCAGUGUUGUACAAAUAAGUUCCGAUUGAGAAACACUAAUGUAGUAAUGAAUAAAACUAUAGGCGCUUCCUCCCCCUCGCCCCUCCAGUAGCUAUUUUAUAUUAACUGGGGGAGGCGGGUUUUAAAUGUCGUAAUUUGAAGAGUGGUGGGUUACAUUUUGUUCAUGGGUUUAUGUUUUUGUUUUUGCUUUGGACUCAAUUUCACAUCACCAAAUUCUUCAUUUAUACUUGGGAAAAAACAAGGCCAUAUGUAAAAACCCUUCCAAUGCCUAAGUGUCUUUCUCCUGCAACUCCAAACCCAGACUUGCCAUUUUGGGUGCACAGAUGGUUAGGUCAGCCAACUGGUUCUCCCUGUCGCCUGGCCACGUAGGAGGUUUCUAAUUAGCUGGAAAAAGAGUAUUUUUCUAAUAUAUUGCAAGAAAUAGCCAAAUCUUCUUAUCAAAGAAAGCAGAGAAGUGAAGAGUAGUUACCUGUACCUAGCAUUAGUACAAUCAGAACAUCGUGGAGACCACAGGGGAUGGGCCUGUUGAUGCUGGCUACUCUUCCCACCAUGAUCUUUCUGUGGUAAUGGCCAGCAAAAGGCAUAGCCCAACUCCCCCCUCCUCCCUUUCCCUGUCCUUUCUUGUACACAGGACAUCAGUCUUCAAGGAAAGGGACUUUUUUCCAGUCUGCCAAUCAUAUUAGGAAAGUGCUAGCCGUGCUCACCUCCAUGGGGGUAUUUUCGGCUCCCCUGAGAGCCCACGUUGAUUUCUUUAGUCAGAUGGGCAGUGUAAAUACCAAGUGUGUUUAUGAGUUAGUUGGUUAGACGUUUUCAUUUGUUGGAGUCACUGAUUUGGGCUUUCCAGUUUGGAAAAGGAAUAGAGAGCUGUCUAGAUGGAUGGAAGAACAGAAAACCUCUUCCAUGCCUGGAAAACAUCUAGAGAACCUACAGCCAGCCUCCAGCCCUGUCUGGAGACCAUCUUCCCCUCCUCCCUGAGGCGUUCCCUCAGGGUCUUUCUCUAGGGUCUCCUCUCUACAAAGCACAACACUAAUGUAUGUUUCAUCAGACCUCCGUUCAAGUGUCCCUAUUUAUUUCAAUAACAACACACGUACCCCAGCUGCUCUUCUUCCGUCACCUCUGGUCAUUAAUGUUUCUCUCUUCCUUCACCCUUUGUCCUUACGCUAGCAAAUCUUACUCCACGUAUGCUUUUUGGUUUGUGAAGGCAGUGGUUAAGGGCACAAAGAUAGCCAUGGGGACAUUUAUGUAAAUACAUCUCUCGUUGCCACACUGCAGCUGGCAGUGUGUAGUAUUUUCCCAGUCAGCUUUGCCAUACUGACGUCAAUCAUUUGAGAGAAAUUAUUCAGAUUUUAUUUUUAUAUCUGUGGUAACAAAACAUUAACCAAAAGAUUUACUGUCCAGAAGCUUCCCCGACACCCCCCCAAGCUAUUUGCUCACAUUAACAAAUUAAAGUGCCUGAAGCAUAAUUCAUUCUUUACCUGUAUACUAAAAACCCUGUUGUAUUGAUUUUUUUAUAAUAAGCCUUUUUACCUCUGUGUAAAAAAUAUAUAUACAAGUGUAUGAUGUACAUUUUAGUUCUUAACUUUUUUUUAUGGUUUCUAAUAUGUAUGACCAACGUAGCCAUUGCUUUAAAAUGUACCAUGUAAAUAUAAACACAUCCUAUCAGA